AAGGUAGUGCUACUGUGCUAAGUAAACCCCACUGUUGACACGUUCACAAACAUGGCACUGUUAUGCUUGACAGCGUUAGCUAGCUUGCUAGCAUCAAGUGGGAUGCCAAUGGUAUAAACAGUUGACAUUAGCUAACGUUAGCCUGUUAGGUGCUAGGAAAACAUGCAUCUGGAUAACUUGCCUACCAUCAUUUAGUACAGUUUACAGUGGCCGUUCGGCAGUGACAAGAAGGGUUUGUUUUUCUUCUGAAAGAGGUGGUAGCUUUCCUGAAAGUCGUGACAGCAUGGCCGCUGCAGAGCAGUGGGAUGAGCACCAGGCGUAUGAGGAGCUGCUUUACUGGGACGCCCUGAUCCAGGAGGGCCACCGCCUACUCCCGCACGACUUUGAUAGAUAUGAAGAUCUGCGCUACUGGUAUGACAGCCUGUGCUACGAGGAGGAGUUGAGACGAUACCAUGAUUACGUCGCAGCUAUAGAGCAGAUUGAACACCACCCAAGGCACCAUGAGGAAGCUCCAACCCCCCGGGCUCACACAGGGCCAUAUGACCGCCACGUGAUGGCCAAACACUCGGAAGUGUAUCCUUCCCCGGAGGAGCUGGAGGCGGUGCAGACAAUCGUCUCGCGGGUGGAGUGUGCCCUCAAAACUGUGUCUGACCAGAUGGAUACUCUGAAGGAUAAGACAGGAAAAACAAUGAGUGCAAGUGCUGAUUCACAAGAGCGUGUCCUGCGUGGGGUCAUGAGGGUCGGCCUAGUGGCCAAGGGCCUCCUUCUGACCGGAGACAAGGACCUGGAGCUGGUGCUGCUCUGCACCAACAAGCCCACAAUCACUCUGCUCAAUCAAGUGGCUGAGAAAUUAUCUGAACAGUUAGAGGCGAGUUCAGCUGGGACAUAUACAGUGAGCCAGUGUCCGGAGGAUGCCAGUCUUGUUGUGACAACUACCAAGGAGUCGAUCCUGACUCUCACUAUCCACCUGACUUCACCUCUGGUCAGGACAAAUCAAGAAAAUGAAAUCGCAGAAGGAAAAACUGAAGGAGAAGAAGCUACGCGAACAGACAACGAUCCGCCGGACGUUCUGGACAGGCAGAAUUGCCUUACUGCCUUGGCGUCUCUCCGCCACGCCAAGUGGUUCCAGGCUAAAGUCAACAACCUGGGUUCUGCCAUCCUCGUGGUGCGGAUCAUGAGGGACUUAUGCAACCGCGUGCCUACUUGGACGCCACUCUCAGGAUGGCCUCUUGAGCUGCUGGUAGAAAAAGCUAUAGGAACAUCUGAGAGAACGAUGGGAGCAGGCGAGUCGCUGCGCAGGGUUUUGGAGUGCGUUGCAUCUGGAAUCCUCUUGGAAGACGGCCCUGGAAUAAAAGAUCCAUGUGAGAAGGAUACAGUGGACGCCACUGCAUAUCUGACUCAGCAGCAGCGUGAAGACAUCACGCAGAGUGCUCAGUUUGCCUUGAGGCUCUGUGCAUUUGGACAAAUGCACAAGGUAUUGGGGAUGGACUUCAAACCUUCAAAGCCUCGGAGAAUAGGGGGAGCCGGCAAAGAAGGCACAGCCCAGAUACCACCCGCUGGACACUUCAGCCUGCCAGCUAAGAGACCGUACACACAGGUGGAGAAAGCUGAAGGGGAGCCACAACUCAACAGCAAGCAGAGGAAGUUUCUCAAGUUCCAGAAGCGCUUUCAGAGGAAAUCAUUUACGGAUGAUUUCAGCAUGAAUGCUGUGAUGCGUCUGAACCAGUACAGACCGGGCCUGGAGUACCGACUCACAUCUCAGACGGGUCCAGUCCACGAGCCGGUCUUCACCAUGGCUGUGGACGUAAACGGGAAGACCUAUGAGUCAACGGGGCCGUCCAAACGAGCAGCCAAGCUUAACGUAGCCACCAAGGCCCUGCAGGAUCUUGGCCUUCCGACUGGCUCUGAAUCUAAAGCAGAGUCCAUUGUUGAAGUUGAAGGAACCCAGGAAGUAGUGAAAGCUGCUAGCACGGCCUCUAAUGCAUCGGACGACGUAUGUUCCUCAGUUCCUCCCUCUGAGAAGCCUUUUUUUCUUUUAAAAACUGUUAUGCAAAAAGAUCCUCAUGUGUGUUUACCAGCCACUGUUUGUCAUUUACUACAGAGCGGUCAGGGUCCUAUCUUAACCAAACAUGGGAAGAACCCUGUGAUGGAGCUGAAUGAGAAGCGCCGCAGCCUGAAGUACGAGCUGUCUGCAGAGACGGGGGGCUCCCAUGAAAAGUGCUUUGUCAUGGAGGUGGCGGUUGAUGGACAGAAGUUCAAAGGGAGAGGCUCUAAUAAGAAGGAAGCGAAGGCGUACGCUGCCCUCGCAGCUCUGGAGAAGCUGUUCCCAGAUGAGAGUGGCGUGUCAAGCACAGACAGAAAUGCUCCCAAGAAGAAAGUCACCUACACUGACAUGCACAUCCCGGGGUUCGGCACUAUCCGCGGCAUUCCUUCCGACUCGGGGUCCCGUGGCUGGGGUCCCAACAGAGGUCGAGGCAGGGGCCGAGGAAAACAGUUUCCCUCAGGACCGAGCUAUAACAAGACUAACUACAGUUAUGAUGGCGGUGCUGGCGCAAGCUAUCAGAAACUGUAUGGAAGUAAUGCAGCCAGCACCACAGCCACAGGUCCCAUUGUAUCAGGCAGCAGCGUUGGCUACGGCACCUUUUACCCAGAAGGCAGUAGCACCACCACAUAUGUCUCCCCACCCGUCUCCAGCUCCGACACCGGCGCCACACAGGGAGAAAGCUACCAGUCCAUGCCUCCGCCCGCCGACCAGGAGAGCCCCUACAGCUACGGCUACGGAGACGAGAAGAAGAAGAUGCUGACCCAGAGUCAGACGCAGGGCCCGGCAGGAAACUACUCCAUGUACAGCACGGCUUACCCCAGCUCAGUGACAGGAGGACAGAUGUAUAACACUUACGAUUGGGGAUACCAGUCGUCCUUGGAGAAUCAGAAUCAGAGUUGCAGCUCGUACACAGGCUUCGGAGGACAAAACCAGGGCUCGUACUCCGGAUACAGCAACAUGCAUUACUAACCAUUGGUGUACAAACGUUUCUCACCUCACUGUCAUGUUUUUGUUGCGUUCUCACGUCACUAGAGUUAUCUGAUUAACUAACCAUAACAAAUGUGAUCUCGCUAAGCGGUCCUACGACACUGUUUAGCAACUCGUUAAGUCAACCCAGGGUUUCUCAGUCCUAAACAUAAAGAGGUCACGUGAAAGGGGCAGGGCUGGCAACAUUUGACCAUAAUCCAGGAAAAAAGCAACAUAGCUGCAGAAUGCAGGAGGAACGGCAAAAAACUCUGUGUGAAUGCACAAAUUAACCGGUUUAUAAUAUCACUACCCCGUUUAAGACAGUGGAUCUGAUUAAUUACAUUUGAGUGUUUCAUCAGCCUAAUGUGUUGUUUAAAAAAUGUUUUUGUGGAAUAUAAGAGAAUAUAUUAUACAUCCCCAGAAAUAAUUAGAAAAACACAAUUUAACAGGCUUAUUGUUAUAUCUUCAAGGCAGCAGUGGUUUAUUAAACGUUUAUCUAACCGCAAGUGUAAUAAUUCUUAGAUCAGUGAUAUUCUGUUAAUCUUUCUGUUCACACAGUCGGCGAUAUAUGGCCGCCCGUCCUGCCUGCAUACACUGCAGUUUAAACUGUUUCCUUUAUCCUGGAAUAUGACUCUAUUGCUUUAAGCUCCCCACACAGAGCUCUGAUUGGUCAGCAGGCAAUGCUUUCUCUCCAGUUGAUGUCUUAUCUCGAACAUAACCUCCCAGUAGGGCUGCCCUUGAUUUAAGAUUUUUCUAGUCGACUAAUAGUCGUCAGAUCAGGCCAUUAGUCGACUAAUCGUCUCACGUAUCUGAUAUAUUAUGAUUUAUGAAAAAUGUAUCAUAAUUUUAAAAAAAAGAAAAUCUUCUCCCAAAAUUAGUCGACUAUUAUUUUUGUUUGCCGAAUAAAGAUUAGUCCUACUCCGGAGCAUAAGGUACCAUGGUGAUUUACCCCAGUAAGAAGUGAACCAGCAUUGUAGGAUCUAAAACUCUGGGUAACCCGAAAGUUACCAUGCUAACACAGAAUCCUGCUUCCUCGUAAAGGCCUCCGGUAAAACAGUUUGAGGUGACGGGUGCAGCCUCUCCAACCUCCCUACUGUCCGUGUUGACAUAAAUGUAAAAGAAAACAAACAUACCUGCUCUGUCAUUGUCUUCUGUGUACGGUUCUGUUUUUUCAAUCUAGUAACCUUGUUCUGUAUCAGUACAUAUGGUUUUUAUUUCUGCUUUUACUUCUGAACUGAAGAUUUAUUUCAGUGUCAUCCUUCUUGUAAAAUAAAUGACUCUUAUUUUGAAAAA